UCAGAAAAGAGCAGCGCUGGCGCAGGCUGUUCUCUCCGCCGCUUUACUUUCCUGCGUGGCAGCUCCCCCCCUUCUCCGGCAGCGAGUCCUCAUUCCCCAUGGCGGCGGCCGCGGCGCUGCUGCUGCUGUGCGCGUGGUCGCUCCCGUGCGGGGCCCCAGCCUCCCCCAAGGCCGUGACGACCCGUUUGGCGGCGAAGUGGCCGGCGACCUCCCUGCUGCUGGAGGCGAGUGAAUUUAUUGCAGAAGAAGGUAAUGAGAAGUUUUGGCAGUUUUUGGAAACUGUACAAGAAUUAACAAUUUAUAAGAAAAGAGAUUCCGAACAUUCUUAUUACAACUUAAUCUUGAAGAAAGCAGGACAAUUUUUAUCCAAUUUGCAGAUCAAUCUCUUGAAGUUUGCUCUUUCCAUAAGGGCAUACUCACCAACUGUUCAGAUGUUUCAACAGAUUGCAGCUGAUGAACCUCCACCAGAAGGUUGCAGUGCAUUUGUGGUUAUCCAUGAAAAGCGCACCUGUAAGACUAAUGAAAUUAAAAAACUUCUGAAGAAGGCAGCUGAGAGGCCCAGACCAUAUAUAUUUAAAAAGGAGCAUAAAUUCCCUACACUCAAUGAAAAUGUUCCAGUGGUUAUUCUUUAUGCAGAAAUUGGUACAAAAGACUUUGUUAAAUUUCACACAGUUUUGUCUGAAAAAGUGCAAAAGGAGGAAAUUGUUUAUAUUCUCCGGCAUUAUGUUCAGAAACCAAGCUCCAGGAAAAUGUAUUUGUCUGGAUACGGUGUGGAACUUGCAAUAAAGAGUACAGAAUACAAAGCAGUGGAUGACAUUCAGAUUAAAGCCACAAAUGACACAACGGAAGAGGAAGAUGAUGAGGAAGGUGAAGUCCAGGGAUUUCUCUUUGGCAAAUUAAAACAGAUGUAUCCUGACCUUAAAGAUAAUCUGAAGGAGUUCAGAAAACACCUAAUUGAAAGUACUAAUAAUUUGGAACCUUUGAAGAUCUGGGAGCUGCAAGAUCUAAGUUUUCAAGCAGCUUCUCAAAUUAUCUCCAGCCCUGUUUAUAGUGCCUUAAAGGUAAUGAAAGACAUUGCUCAGAACUUCCCAAUAAAGGCCAGAUCUUUGACCAGAAUUCCUGUAAACCAACAAAUGCGAAAUGAAAUAGAGAAAAAUCAGAAGCAUUUCCAUGAAAUACUUGGAAUUCAGCCUGGAGAAGCACGUUUAUUUCUAAAUGGUCUUCCUAUUGACCUCGAUUUUCAUGAUCCAUUUAGUAUUUUGGAAACUCUUAAACUGGAAGGAAAAGUGCUUCAUGGGCUUCAUGACCUUGGAAUCAAAGAGAAGGCCUUCAGCAAAUUUAUGAGAUUACAGAUCCAUCCUGUGGAUGACAGUUGUUCAUUAGAUAUUCGUCACUCUUCGAUAAUAUGGGUCAAUAACAUAGAAAAAGAUCACAUCUACAACAAGUGGCCCACAAGUUUCCAGGAACUUUUUAAGCAAACAUUUUCAGGAGUUAUACAGCAGAUUAGGCGCAAUUUGUAUAAUUUGGUAUUGUUUAUUGAUCCUGUCCAGGAACAUGCAGCUGAUUUUGUGAAACUAGCAGAAUUAUUCUAUCACCACAAUAUACCACUUAGAAUUGGAUUUGUUUUCAUCUUAAAUACUAAUGAAGAAAUCGACGGGAAUGAGGAUGCUGGAGUAGCUCUUUUGAGAGCUUUUAACUACAUUGCAGAAGAAUCUGAUACUUCUCAAGCUUUUAUCUCCAUGAUAAAUAUGUACCAUAAAAUGAAAGAUGGAGACAUUUUCACUGUGAACCAUGUGAGGAAUGUUCUUAGAAGUGAGUUCCCUCAUGCUGACAUUCAGAGUAUACUGGGUGUUGACUCUGAAUAUGAUGAGAAAAGGAAGGCAGGAGCAACCUUUUAUAAAAAGACCGGCCUGGGUCCAUUGCCUCAAGCUCUGUUCAAUGGUGUGCCGUUUAAUGGUGAAGAGAUGGGUGCUGCAGAGUUAGACACAGUUAUUCUCCAGAGGAUCACUGAUGCCAUGGGGUUCUUCCAGAGGGCAGUUUUCAUGGGUUUGCUAAACGAUCAUAUGGAUGCGGUAGAUUUCCUCAUGGAUCAGCGUAAUGUAGUUUCCCGUAUAAAUCCCACUAUUCUUGACACUAAGAGAAGAUACAUAAAUUUCAUAUCCAUGUCAGUUCCUGUUGGCAUGGAAGAUUUCUCUACUUUUUACUUUUUGGACUCACAAGAUAAGAGUGCUGUAAUUUCACAGAACAUGAAGUAUUUAACAAAAAAGGAUGAAGAUGUAAUAUAUGCAGUUACCGUCUGGAUUAUUGCUGAUUUUGACAAGCCAGCUGGGAGACAUCUGCUUUCUAAAGCUUUGAAACACCUGAAAACAAGCAGUCAUACGCGACUUGGGAUUGUGAACAAUCCAAUGUCAAAAAUAACGGAAGAUAACACAGCUGUUGCAAGGGCAAUUUUGACCGCCUUUUUAACACAGAAAAACAGCAGCUUAAAAAGUUUCCUAAGUAAGAUAGCUAAGGAGGAGACAGCAAAAGCCCUUGCUACAGGAACAACAAUUAAGAAAUUGCUUGUUCCGGGAAUGGAUGACAGUACUUUUGAGAAGAAAUACAACACUUUAGGAGUGGAUAUAAUUCAAACUCACCAAAUGUUCUGUCAAGAAGUUCUUAAACUGCUUCCUGGGCAAAUGGCUGUUGUCAGCAAUGGGAGGGUCCUGGGUCCUUUGGAUGAAAAUGAGUUCUAUACUGAAGAUUUUCAUUUGUUGGAAACGAUAACAUUCAGUACAUCAGCAGAGAAGAUUAAAGGCGUUGUCAAAGAGAUGGGGAUCAGCUCUAAAGAUGGCAGUGAUUUGAUUAUGAAAGUGGAUGCCCUUCUCUCUUCAUUGCCUAAAACAGCCAUUAGACAAAAUGUUGAAUUUCUCAAAGAGCAACAUAGCAUAGUAAAAAUAGAUCCUCAACAGAAUGAACCAUUCUAUGAUGUUAUUGCUAUUGUUGAUCCUUUAACAAGAGAAGCACAGAAGAUGGCACAUUUAUUGAUUGUACUUGGAGAUAUUGUCAACAUGAAAUUGAGGCUGUUUAUGAACUCUAGAUCUAAGUUGUCAGAAGUACCUUUGAAGAGCUUUUAUCGUUUUGUUCUGGAGCCAGAACUGACCUCUGGAGCCAAUAAUCUCUUUCCUUCUGGACCUGUGGCAAAGUUCCUAGAAAUGCCAGAAACACUACUUUUGACUCUAAACAUGAUCAUUCCUGAAAGCUGGUUGGUUGAAGCAGUAAACAGUUCUUAUGAUCUCGAUAACAUUCAUUUACAGGAUGUAGAAGGAAUUGUUACAGCAGAAUAUGAACUGGAAUAUCUACUACUUGAAGGACAUUGCUUUGAUGUGACCAGUGGACAACCUCCUCGGGGAUUACAGUUCACUCUAGGCAUGAAGAAUAAUCCUGUUAUGUUUGACACCACUGUGAUGGCCAAUCUGGGAUAUUUUCAGUUGAAAGCAAAUCCAGGUGCGUGGACACUGAGAUUACGCAAAGGAAGAUCGGAAGACAUCUACCAUAUAUUUGGCCAUGAAGGAGCAGAUUCUCCAGUCCACCUGGAAGAUGUUAUUGUGGUAUUAAACAACUUCAAGAGCAAAAUUCUCAAAGUCAAAGUACAAAAAAACCCUGAUAAAAUUGGUGAAGAUCUCCUUAGUGUUGAGGUUACAGAAGAAAAAGCAUCAUGGGAAUCCAUUACAAGUUUUUCAGAUCUUCAAACAGAAGAAAAAGAGAAGAAAAAUGAUGUUCUAAAUAUUUUUUCGGUUGCUUCAGGCCAUUUAUAUGAACGCUUUUUAAGAAUUAUGAUGCUUUCCGUUCUGCGUCAUACCAAGACACCUGUUAAAUUUUGGUUUCUGAAAAAUUAUCUUUCUCCUACAUUUAAGGAGAUUAUUCCUCACAUGGCCAAAGAAUAUGGAUUCCAGUAUGAACUAGUACAGUAUAAGUGGCCCCGCUGGCUUCAUCAACAGACUGAAAAGCAAAGAAUUAUCUGGGGUUACAAAAUCCUUUUUCUGGAUGUUCUUUUUCCACUGGCUGUGUACAAAAUAAUAUUUGUUGAUGCCGACCAGAUUGUGAGAAGUGACCUCAAAGAACUUAGAGAGAUAGAUCUAAAUGGAGCUCCCUAUGGAUAUGUCCCCUUUUGUGACAGUCGCACAGAAAUGGAUGGGUACCGUUUCUGGAAAUCAGGGUAUUGGGCAUCACAUCUUGGAAGAAGGAAAUACCACAUAAGUGCCUUAUAUGUUGUGGAUCUUAAGAAGUUCAGAAAGAUUGCUGCAGGAGACAGACUUCGGGGCCAAUACCAGGCUCUCAGUCAAGAUCCAAACAGUCUAUCAAACUUAGAUCAGGAUCUUCCCAAUAAUAUGAUUCAUCAGUUGGCCAUUAAGUCUCUCCCUCAAGAAUGGCUCUGGUGUGAAACCUGGUGUAACGAUGAAUCCAAGAAAAAGGCUAAAACAAUUGAUUUGUGCAAUAACCCCAAAACCAAAGAACCCAAACUAAAGGCUGCAUUGAGAAUAGUCCCAGAAUGGGUUCAGUAUGACUCUGAAAUACGAAAGCUAAUAAAGCAAAUUGAAAAAGGGAAGAAAAACUUGACUCAGUCUUCUCGAAAAGUUUUUAAACAUGAUGAACUUUAG